AUAUGUGACGUAUGUGGAACGACUCUGGCAGAAGUGUAUUGCCCAGCGGAUCGGGCUCACUUCUGCGAGGCUUGCGAUGCUUCCCAUCACUCGGUAUCAGCUCUCUUAUUGAGGCAUACUCGAGUGCCCCUCUGCCAAUCGCCAUUCCAAUUUGGGGAAUGUCCGGAGCAUCCACCACAGCUCAUCGAAAGUGUUUGCCUCGACUGCGCUAAGCUGAUGUGCCAACAUUGCAUUCUCCUUACUGACCAUUCACCUCAUCACCAACUCAUUUCUACCAUUGACGUCUUCAGGUGGGUAGCG